CGGAAAUUGAUUGUCAUCACUGUCAUUGUAUUUUGUCAUCUGUCAUAAUUUUUUACCGUCAAGUUGUGAUUACAAGCAUUUUCCGAUUUUCAAAAGAAGAGCAAGUAAUUAAAAACUUAUAAAAUGCCCCCUGUUUUGAACGCUUUUGGCCCUGCUUUUGCCGAUGACUGGAGAGAUGCACCUCACAGCACCGGCACGUCUAUCAUGGCAUGCGAAUUCAAUGGGGGUGUAGUUAUUGGGGCUGACUCUAGAACCACAACUGGUGCCUACAUUGCAAACCGAGCAUCAGACAAGUUGACCAAGGUAACAGAUCAUGUGUACUGUUGUCGCUCUGGGUCUGCUGCUGAUACCCAAGCCAUAUCUGACAUUGUCAGCUACCAUCUCAACUUCCACGGAAUGGAACUAGGGGUGGAACCAUCUGUUGAGGUAGCUGCAUCUGUCUUCCAAGAGCUAUGCUACAAUUACAGAGACUCCUUAAUGGCUGGGAUCCUCGUUGCUGGAUGGGACAAGCGUAAAGGUGGCCAAAUAUAUUCCAUUCCGAUUGGAGGAAUGUGUGUGAGGCAGCCAGUCUCUAUCGGAGGAUCUGGGUCGAGCUAUGUGUAUGGUUACGUUGAUGCUAAUUUCAAGCCUAAAAUGUCCAAGGAUGAGUGUAUUAAGUUUGUUACAAAUUGUAAGUUUUUAUAAAAAAAGAGGUCCUGUUUUCACCAACAAUUAUUAUUCAAACAAGCAAUAUUUGCUUAUAACUAUGGCAACUAAAGCCUAGCUAUCAUGAAAAUAUUACAACAUAUAGUUAUAAUUCAAAAGAAACAACUGAUUGAAAAUAUUUCAUUAUUGUUCAAAUGAUUUUUUUUUUAGGCUUGGCGCUUGCAAUGUCCAGAGAUGGUUCCUCAGGAGGUGUUGUAAGGCUUGGGAUCAUCACUGAGGAAGGUGUAGAGCGUAGAGUUAUCUUAGGCAAUGAAUUACCAAAGUUUUAUGAAGAAGGAUCAGUUUAAAUUACUCUUUAUUCCUUGAUAUGUUCUGAUUUUUAUUUUGAGUAAAUUAUCCAACAAAAUUUGUGUUUUAUUAAAUAAGUAUAAUCAAAGAUGUAGGGAGAAGUGUAGUGGGUCACAAAUUCUGAUAAUGAUAUGCCAGAAAUGUUUGUAAUAUUUUUUAUGCUCAACCAGCCAUUACUAGUGAUCAUGUAUGCUUAAUAUUGUUGAAAUAACAAAAAUUUUCAAAUCAAAAAAAUACAACAAAAUUUUACAUUGUACAAGCAGCCUCCCUACCAAUUUAAAACAGACUGCGUGGUCAAAGGUUCCAGUCGUCAGAAGAAGCAGUUGACACAUUCAAAAAUGCUGUUUUGGAUCUGCCAGCAAACGAGUGGAAUGAGUGCUUCGAAAAUUGGUUCGAGCGCAUGCAGAUGUGUAUUAAUCUUCGUGGAAAAUACUUCGAAAAGCAAUAAAGUCAUUUAAAUCUAC